GAAAACUGAAUCAGUUCGUAUACUACCAACAUUUCAAAAUGGAAAACUUAGAAUUGUUGAAAUCUAUGAUCUGACGGAACGAUUAUAUGGUGUCCAUAGAUUUAAAUCAAGCUUUCUUACAUGUUCCCCUAGCAGUGGACCAACAACCUUAUUUUUCUUUCGAUUUCCAGAACAGACGUUUUUGUUUCACAUGUUUACCUUUCGGUUUAACAACAAGUCCGAGGGUGUUCACCAAGAUCCUUCGUCCAGUGAUAAAAUCUCUUCGGAAUCAAGGCAUCAGAUUGAUGAUAUAUCUAGACGACAUACUCAUAAUGGCAAGGACGAAAGACGAAGCGUUACAACAGUUAAAGGAAGUCAUGGAUACCUUAGAAAGAAUGGGAUUUACAAUCAACAAAGAAAAGUCAAUGCUCGUACCCUCUCAAUCGAUAGAGUAUCUAGGCUUCAAGAUAAACACAAAGACGAUGACCUUUGUCCUCCCGCAGACAAAAGUAAAGGACCUAGUGAACGAAUGCAAAAAGGCAGUACAUCUAUCCAAAAUACCUGUCCGGAAGCUAGCGUCUCUAAUCGGAAAGAUAUUGGCAACAACGUCAGCGGUUUUUCCAGCUCGUCUUUACUCCAGAGCUCUGCUCCGAGACAAAAAUUAUGGUCUGAAACUGCACGGGUGGAACGGUACAGUACAGCUCUCCGACAAAAGCAAGUUGCAGCUCGAGUGGUGGAUAAAAAAUCUCCCUUCCUGGAAUGGAAGAAGUUUAAUCCAGGAAGAACCAAGUACAAUAAUUCACACAGAUGCGUCAAAUACCGGCUGGGGUGCAUCCCGGGACAACUUGACCAUCCACGGAAAUUGGACUCAGUUGGAGUCAACUCUUCAC